GCUGCCUCCUCCUCCUCCCUCCGCGGCCGCCCCGCCCCCUGCCGGGUCACGGUAGCGGCUCCAGCUAGCAGGUAGGAGGCAUGGAGGGCAGUGUCGGCAAGGUGGGCGGCUUGGGGCGCACCUUAUGCGUGCUGACUGGGGCUUCUCGGGGCUUCGGACGGACGCUGGCCCAAGUCCUGGCCCCGCUGAUGUCGCCUCGCUCAGUGCUGGUCCUAAGCGCCCGCAAUGACGAGGCCCUGCGGCAGCUGGAGGCCGAGCUGGGCGCCGAGCAGCCGGGUCUGCGCAUCGUGCGGGUGCCCGCCGACCUGGGCGCCGAGACCGGCUUGCAGCAACUGGUCGGUGCUCUGUGCGACCUCCCCAGGCCCGAAGGCCUGCAGCGAGUGCUGCUCAUCAACAAUGCGGGCACUCUUGGAGAUGUAUCCAAACGUUGGGUGGACCUGACUGACCCAACUGAAGUGACCAACUACUGGACUCUGAACUUGACUUCCACGCUCUGCCUGACUUCCAGUGUCCUGAAGGCCUUCCCGGACAGUCCUGGCCUCAGCAGGACUGUGGUUAACAUCUCGUCCAUCUGUGCCCUGCAGCCCUUCAAGGGCUGGGGACUGUACUGUGCUGGCAAGGCUGCCCGUAACAUGAUGUUCCAGGUCCUGGCGGCGGAAGAACCUAGCGUGAGGGUGCUGAGCUAUGGCCCAGGUCCCCUGGACACUGACAUGCAGCAGUUAGCCCGGGAGACCUCUGUGGACCCAGACUUGCGAAAAAGCCUGCAGGAGCUGAAGAGAAAGGGGGAACUUGUGGAUUGCAAGAUAUCAGCCCAGAAACUUGUGAGCUUGCUGCAAAAUGACAAGUUCAAGUCUGGAGCCCAUAUUGACUUCUACGAUGAAUAAGACCAUGCCCUUGGUUUUAGGGGCUCUCUUCCCCCUCUUACAGGCACACCCAGGAGCCCUGUGCCUCCCUACAUGCUGCCACAGUGGCGCUGCCAACCCUGCCUUACACAGAUAAGCACUUGUGCUUACUGCCCUGCCCUCAGAUCCAACCAACUGUGAGAGCCCUGGGUGGCUGCAGUUCCCAGUUUUCAGAUAUCUGUAUUGACCACCCUGAGUUAGGAGUGAACUUGGGAGAGACAAGUUAUGGCUGUUGGUGUUCUUUCUCCCUAGAAAUAGAGUUUUAAGGAUGGGAAAACUAGGACAGGAAGCUAAAAACACUGAGAAAAGAAGGAUGGAUCUCUGGCCCAUGACAGUCCAUGGGGAAGGAGGGAUGAGCUAGUGUCAAACAGGAGGACCCACGUAGAUUGACAGAUGGCCUGGAGGGAUAGGAGGACAGCGCAAGUCCCAGCCCACAGGGAUGCUCUUUGCCCAGGGUAGCAAGACCUUCACUUGAACUCUCUGUCCUCAUUCUGAUGCUUCCUCCCUCCAGAAUCUGCUGUCUAUCCACCAGAUGGGGAAAGGAGCCUGAGAGUUUUGUACAUGUUAAAGGCAAAUACAAAUAAAAUGUGGAUUGUCCUUUGUUAA